UCACUGUGAAAGGUUUGUGACUUUCCUGUUUAAUUGAAUUGACAAGUAUGGCCGAUUUGUGUUUUAGGCCUCUGUAAUUACCUUAAUAUAUUCAACAUAAUUCAGAUAUAUCAAAAUAUUACUAUCAUCAAAGGCAUCUUGACUGAGGACUUGCAGUUGACAAAGUCGAAAGAGAAAGACAACAUUCUCCAACAGGCAUGUUGACUCUUCAUACGUCAGCUUUUAUUUGGUUACACAAAUCAUAACGUCAUCGAAGCAUUUACCUGGGCGAAAAAAACUUGAUGAAUCCGCGUGCAUAUUUCAAAUACGUACAGGCAAAGUUGCCUACGGUACGAAUGAGUGUUUAUACACUCCGUUUCCGUUAUAUUUCCUUCAUAACUGUCCAAACAAAGGCCGGUGGGGAAUCGUAAUGCAGUCCCUAAAUUCCAAGGAACGUCGGAUGUGUGUCAUGUCGUCCCAUAACUGCCAACGGUUCCUCCCACCCCCGUUUCUUUUGACAACGCCUUCCGACGUCAGCUGCACCGAAACUUGGAAGAAACUCACCUGGCUGGGAAAGAACGAGGAGAAGAAGAAGCAGAAGAAACGAAUGGCUUCGUCUGGGGAAAGGAAAAAAUAAUACAUUUAGACAAUGCAAACUCGCGACCUGUUUUUGAGGAGUUUUGCACCGGACAUGUGACGUUUACUGUCCCGCAGUUUCAUUAUUUAAAGUUAUAGCUCAUAGGCACUUCCGGGUUGGGACUUUAGCUAGGAUUACAAAACUCCUAUUUGGGAGUUGGAAACAACCCAGCAUGGACAUUGAGCUGCAGGCCAUCCGGGAGAAUGGGAACGAUGGCGCAACAUAUUCUCCUAAUGAACGGAUGGCAGCAGGUAAUGGAGAUGGUGGGGCCUCCAGGAUCCCUGCUGCAACGGAGAGAGACGGGUUGCUUUUUGGACAGAUGAACUCCCUGUGGAGGAUAAGCAGAGAGAGGGUCAGACUAUUGCUGAUCAUCAUCUGUAUCGUUGUCGUCAUCUGUGCUGUGAUUGGGAUCUCGCUGGCCGUGUGUGCAGCGAUCCAUGUGGAUGGGGAUGAGAACUUUGACAGUUCGUUGUUUACAGUUCCUCGGUCUUUCAAUGGGAGCUUCCAACUGCCCAAUCGGGUCUUCACGGAGGAACUUUCCACGCUCUCAUCCAAUGAAAGCCAAGCACUCGCUGCUGACCUUCAAGAAAAGCUAGCCGACCUCUACAGAUCCUCCCCUGCCCUGGGACGAUACUUCUCCAAAGCUGAGAUACAGGCUUUCAGGAACGGGUCAGUCGUCAUCGCUGGCUACCAGCUGACGUUUGUCAUGCCUGAAGAGCAGCAGGAUCAGCUGAGAAACUUCACCCUGAGCAGGGAGAUGGUGUACAACGUGUUCAGACAGUUCCUAUACGACCAGGAGGCAGAUGAGUCGGGGCAGAUGUACAUUGCUCCAGUUUCCCUCAACAUGUUUUUAAGACUCUAGAAAAACUUGUGUAUCUCGCUUUCUUUCUCACUGGAGUGAGACACUCCUACAGUGAGGGGGUUGUUCGUGUCAGACUCCUGUGUGAUUCUCCCACGGGUCUGCAGAAAUGUUGCAUUGUGAUGCGUCUUUACCACAGGAAGCCACGCGGCCACAGUUACACAAAAGCCGCAGGUCAUAUGUCUGAUCCCAUUGUGCGUUCUGUGUAAAAGGCUUUUAGGAUUGUUCUUAUUUCAAUCGAUCAACAGUGCAUGACCUCUCGGGACUCCAAAUAGACAUCUAUUGUCUAACUGAGUGGUUUCACUCACUCAAAAGAAAAUAAGCGUUUUAUCGAGUGUAUGAAAUACAUUUUUCCAUAUUGCAUUGGAGACUUUAUUACUGUGCCUUGUUUAACUGCAACUGUAAAUGUCAAUGCUGUAAUUAUUUAUAUUCAUUCCCUGACUAUCAUGUAUGACCAUUUGUACAAAACCUGUGCCUGAAAUUGUUUAAAAAAAAAAAAAAAUAGAAAUAUAUGUGUUUAUAUUUG